CGGGUUUGUUGUCGUUACCAGGAGAGGAGCCCACAACGACCACAGCCUCAGCUGGUCCGGCUCUCAUUAAACCGGGCUGUCCUCUCAGAGGAGCCACUUUGCAUGGAUGCACCAUGGCCACGUUUGUCUGCAGGGUUCAGUUUUUAGAUGACACCGAUCCAUUCAACAGCACCAACUUCCCAGAACCGACCAGACCACCACUGUACACCUUCAGGGAGGAUAUCCCCUUCAUCAACCAGCUAGCAGGCGUCCACCGGCUGCUCAAAGCUCCACACAAGCUUGAUGACUGCACGCUGCAGCUCUCCCACAAUGGCACCUAUCUGGAUCUGGAGUCCUCUCUGGCUGAGCAAAGGGACGAGCUGGAGGGCUUUCAGCAGGACGACACAGGGUCCAGGGGGAAGAAGCACAGUGUUAUUCUACGGACCCAGCUGACCGUCCGUGUACACGCCUGCAUCGAAAGACUGUAUAACUCCAAUGGACGGGACCUGAGGCGGGCGCUGUUCUCUCUAAAGCAAAUCUUUCAGGAUGACAAAGACCUGGUGCAUGAGUUUGUGAUGGCUGAAGGUCUGACGUGUCUCAUCAAGGUGGGAGCAGAGGCUGACCAGAACUACCAGAACUACAUAUUAAGAGCUUUGGGCCAGAUCAUGCUUUAUGUAGACGGGAUGAACGGCGUCAUCGGGCACGUCGAGACAAUCCAGUGGCUCUACACUCUUGUUGGCUCAAAGUUUCGACUGGUGGUGAAAACGGCUCUAAAGCUGCUGCUGGUGUUCGUGGAGUACUCUGAGUCCAAUGCUCCUCUACUGAUAGAGGCCAUCGCCUCUGUGGACACCAAGACAGGCUGUAAGGCGUGGUCUAACACCAUGGAGAUCCUGCAUGAAAAGGACGGAGUGGACACAGAGCUGCUGGUCUAUGCCAUGACCCUCAUCAAUAAGACCCUUGCAGCGCUGCCGGACCAGGAUUCAUUCUAUGAUAUGGUGGACGGUCUGGAGGAGCAGGGCAUGGAGACAGUGACACAAAGACACCUGGGGAGGAAAGGCACUGAUCUGGACUUGGUUGAGCAGCUCAACAUUUACGAGAUGACCCUUCGGCAUGAAGACGGUGACGGCGACAGCCAGCCUCCUCCAAUGGGACGCAGGGAUCGCCGUCGAGUAAGCCUGGGGGCCGGGGACAAAAAACGAGGCCUGGAGAGGAGGCGGAGCCGCAGGGCCUCUCUCGGGCGAUCCGGUCACGCCUCCCCCUGCAGCCCUGCAUCUCCUCAGAGAGGGAACUUCCAGCCUUUCAAUGGACAGAGAGCCGAGGACAUGAGCGAGAGCCCGGCUCGACGUCUUCCGUCCAUAAUUCACAGAACAACUGUCCAGUCAAUCACUAUCACGUCCAGAAAGGAGAGUAUAAUCGAGGAGGAGCAGAAGAAUCGAACUGAUCCCGUCUCAGCACCCACCCUCCACUCACCCCCUACCCCAGCCUCCUCCCCUCUCAGCCCCCCAUCCCAACCGUCACUGCUGACCUCCCUGCUGGCCAGGAAGAAGUCCAUCGUCACUGUCCCGGCUACUAAAGAAGUCAGCCCGCCAUCACGUGGAAGCAACCGCCCCUCUCCUGACCGCCUGCCUUACCUGCCACACUCACCCUUCCACCUCUUCUCCUACGACCUCAAUGAGGAGCCAUCACCCCCGGCUCCAGUCAAACCCAGUGAGGAGUCACCCAAACCGACGUCUCCCAGGAAUGGAGGUGUCAUGUCCUUCUCUUCUCUCAGCAGUUCAAGCACACCCACCAGCCCCAGACCGGCUCUGGGUGGACUUCUGUCAUCCUCUAACCGACAACACCAAGAAUCUUUGGCGGCCGACCGCGACUUUGUGGAUAAAAUGGAGGAGGCGAGGCAUGCUCGCGAGGAGAGGUAUAAGAACGUCGAGCGUCUCGCAGCUGAAGAGUGCGAGCGCACACGGGCGUCAAGGACUCGCCCUGACCUCAACCUGAACUUUGAACCCUCGGAAUCCUGGCCUUCGUCAUCCCGCAGCAGCAGCCCGUCCUCUUUCGUCUCCCAGGAGGACACAGAAGCUGACCUUGAUCAAGAGACCCCCGCCACAGCCUCCCCGCCCUCUGAGACUGGAGAGGUCGAUGACUCUUGUGCCAGCGCAGAAAUAGAGGAAAAAGAAGCCUCAGAGGCUGCAGAGGAAGAAGAACAGAAAGAGAAAGAAGAGCAGGAGGAGGAGGAGGCGGCGGCGGAAGUACGGGAGGAAGAGGAGGAGGAGGUUCAGCAAGAAGCAGUGGCAGAAAAGGAGGAGGAAAGUGAGGUGUGUGAGCAGGAAAAGGAGAAGGAGACAGAGGAGGCGGAGGAGGAGGACAGUGGCAUCCUCAGCGACAAGGAGCGACAGAAUGAGGAGGUGAAUGAGAAAGACAACUGCUCGGCCUCCAGCAUCUCCUCCGCCAGCAGCACUUUGGAGAGAGAGGAGAGGGGCAGCAACGACAAUGGCCUUAAGGAGGCAGACGUGAAUGAGCACAGUAGCAAACUCCUCAACAGCAAGCUCUUCAUGCUGGAUAUGCUCUACUCUCAGAACAAGAAGCCCAGCGAUGAGGAGGAUGAGGAAGAGGAUGCAGAGAAGGAGAAGGAGAAAGAGAAAGGAGAGGGGGAGGGCAAAGACACCCUGGAGGAUGCUGAAGGACAGCCAGGUGCUGUGCAGGAGGGCAACAACGGCGCCGACACAGCGGAGCAACGCGGGACCAUCCGACACUUCGCUGAGCGGUUUGGAGACCUGAUCAAGGACCUGAAUUCCCCGCACUCCCCUCACUUGGAUGUCCCGGCCAACGAGCCGCCGCCGCCGCCGCCCCCACCCAAAAAGGAAUCAGACACGAUCUGGGACCAGCUCCUGGCCAGCCCUCGAGAGUUACGCAUCGGGGACAUCAACUUCACCGACCUGACGGAGGACGAUGACAAGGACAUUCUGGAUGCUGUUUUGAUGGGCGGAUGUGGUGACCUCCCCCCGCCGCCUCCUCCACCCUGCCUCCCGCGCUUCCCUCCACCCCCGCCCAUGUUGGGGUGCUGCCCCCCACCUCCCCCCAUGAUAGGAAUUAUGAGACCGCCUCCUCCGCCCUCACUUAAUUCCCAAAUUCCGGUGCCUCCACCCCCUGAGCCACCCCUGUUUAACAAGAAGAAGAAGACAAUCAGGCUUUUCUGGAGCGAGGUGCGUCCAACAGACUCUCAGUAUAGGGACUACAAGCGGAGUGGGGACUCACUUUGGUCCAAACUGGAACCAGUAAAGGUGGACACGGCGAAACUGGAACACCUGUUUGAGUCAAAAUCAAAGGAAAUGCCAGUCACAAAGAAAACAGCAGCAGACGGCAAGCGCCAGGAGAUCAUUGUGUUGGAUUCCAAGAGGAGCAACGCCAUAAACAUCGGCCUGACGGUGCUGCCUCCUCCUCGCACCAUAAAGACGGCGAUCCUUAACUUUGACGAGUAUGCGCUCAACAAGGAGGGCAUCGAGAAAAUCCUGACGAUGAUCCCCACAGAGGAGGAGAAGCAAAGGAUCCAGGAGGCCCAGCUGGCAAACCCCGAUCUCCCACUGGGCUCAGCAGAGCAGUUUCUCCUCACCCUGUCCUCCAUCAGCGAGCUCUCUGCCAGACUUCAACUCUGGGCCUUCAAGAUGGACUACGAGGCAACCGAGAAGGAAGUUGCGGAGCCGCUGCAGGAUCUGAAGGAAGGUAUGGAGCAGCUGGAGAAGAACAAAACUCUGCGCUUCAUCCUCUCCACGCUGCUCUCUAUCGGGAACUUCCUCAACGGCACCAAUGCAAAAGGCUUUGAGAUGACAUAUUUGGAGAAGGUUCCAGAGGUAAAGGACACGGUCCAUAAGCAGUCUCUGCUGCAUCACGUCUGCUCUGUGGUGGUGGAGAACUUCCCUCAGAGCACCGACCUCUACUCCGAGAUCGGAGCCAUCACCCGAUCGGCAAAAGUGGAUUUCGACCAGCUUCAGGAGAAUCUGUGUCAAAUGGAGCGAAGGUGCAAAGCGUCAUGGGACCACCUAAAGGUGAUUGCAAAGCAUGAGAUGAAGCCCCAGCUAAAGCAGAAGAUGUCUGACUUCCUCAAAGACUGUGCAGAGAGGAUCAUCAUCCUCAAGAUAGUUCACCGCAGGAUCAUCAACAGGUUCCACUCAUUCCUGCUCUACAUUGGUCACCCGGCAUACAGCGUGAGAGAGAUCAGCGUCCACAGGUUCAGUAAAAUCCUCAGCGAGUUUGCGCUGGAGUACCGAACGACCCGAGACCGCGUGCUGCAGCAGAAACAGAAGCGAGCCGACCACCGCGAGCGCAACAAGACCCGAGGAAAGAUGAUCAUGGACGUCAAUGCACCUUCUGAUGAUGAAGAAGAGAGUGAGUGUGGUCCAUCCUAUGGCUCUAGCAGCAGCAACAGGGCCCCUAGUGGCAGCCAGGAGAGUGAGCAGCCACAGGGUCUGGGCCAGUCUGAGGAUGCUGCGGAGCACGAGAACAUGAAAGCAGUGCUGAGAACGAGCCUCAGUGGAGGGGACAAGGAGGCGAGCGGAGUCCCAGGACUUAGAACACGAACAAGAUCCCGGCCUGGACGAGGAGGUCGCACUGCGCAGGCAUGGACACCGGCGGCGGAGGACCCUCAGAUCUGCGGAGACGACGCUGCCGACGAAAUAAUGGAGCGCAUAGUGAGGUCGGCCACUCAGGGCCCAGGAACUAGAGCCCAGCCCCGAGAGAGGAGGCGCUCCAGGGCAAACCGCAAGUCAUUGAGGCGGACACUUAAGAAUGGUCUGACCCCAGAGGAAGCUCUUGCUUUAGGACUUACUGAUUCUCCUGAUUCAUGAAUGUGAUCAGCCGACCUCCUGACUGUCCUUGUUGUCUUGGAAACAUAGCCACAAUCAUCAAAGGGACAUCUCUGACAGCCUUCUGCUUUCGCCACGGGUUGUAGAGGGGUUUUUCCACCAGUCACAACCCCCCAGUUAGAAUUUUGCCAGCUGCUUAUUUUGCCUGUCAUGUCUGGCUGAUGAAGCUGCAGCCUUGAGUGUUCUUCUUUUUUUCUUUUUUUUUUAAUGCAAAUCCAAGCAGACGUCAAAGAAAGAGAAUCUGUGUUGAAUGGGACAGAAAUGAAAUAAGGUGAAACAUUUUCAUUCAUCUUAACAUUUAUUGAACACAAAUGUUGCAUUAGUCCAAAAAACAGAUUUUUCUUGUGAUUUCCGGCAUCUGUGACUUCACCAUUUUCAUUUGUUUAAAGCUGUGAAUUUCAGUUAUAUCAACAGGCUGAAAUGGAAGUUACAUUUUUUGCUGACGUCCUGCUCUGAUGUAUCCAAGAGGUCACCUCAAACAAAGAGGCUUACUAAGAAGGAUCCUUUUUGUAAAAAAGGCAAAUGUUUGCUUCUGCAGCAGCAUGUUUGACAAGUGACGAGUGUCGAUGUUUAGUAGGAAUGUGAAAGGUUUACAUUCUGAUGUGUGCCUUUCAUUUAAAAAGGGACAACGCUGUACCUGUAUCCCACCUCUCCCUCUUGCUUUAUGCACCUCCUACUUCUCAGAUCACUCACAAAUGUCACAUUUACAGCCGUCAUGUAUGGAUAUGAUCGUUGAAUACCAUUGACUUUGUUAUUUUGGCAAAAUUGUUGUCAGUAUUUAUUUGCAAAGCUCCGACAUCUUGCACCUUACUCGACAUUAAUCGUUUCUCAAGCUGAAACUGAUUCGAAUCACACACAGAAAAAAAAAAGAUGUUUUAAUCUCAGAGGAACUUUUUGUAAAGUGUAAAAAGACAAAGAGAUGGAAACACUUUUUUUAUUAUUAUCUAUUUUGAAGGACAUGCAGAGAAUUCUGCAUAAAAUGUGUACAUGCCCUUUUCAGCUGCCAGGUACUAAAUACUGUAGAAGUACAGUGUGCAUGUUUGGUGAGGUUCAUGUGUUGUACUAUUUUUGUAUUUUCUGUAGAAACUUGUAUUAUAGUCUAAGAGAGAAGGGGUUAAAAAAAAAAGAUGCUGUUCUGUGAAUUGUAAUAAAUAAUAAAAACAAUUAAAAAGAGCUUAAAUAUGUGUUUCUCUGUGUUGAGAGAGGUGAGCGUUAUCUGCAUAUUUUGUUUGAACUCUGUUACCAUGUUGUACUUUGUAUGAACUUGACAGGUUGUGGAUCAUUUAAAGUCCCAUAUGAAUCAUGUGCUCCCCUCUUAGGUCAACACAAACUGGUUAAUAUCACUGCGUAAAUAUUACGUGGUGAGCUGAACAUGACACCGAGGUGGAGUACAUUUUCACUUGAAAUGCUGUGUAUACACAUUCUGCAAUAAUAAAACAAACAUCGAGUGAAA